CACAAACUUCCACUCCCACCACAUAAAAAAAAAAAGUGAAUGAAAAUAUGACUAAAAGAGAAAAAACUUAAGCUUUUCUCACCAUUCAUCAUCUAUGGCUCUUCUUCCAUCUUCUUCUUUUUCUUAUUUCCACAAAACUAUCUAUCAUACUUCACCCAAGUUCCUUCAUCCCUACCUUCGUUUUCUUCAAUUCAACCCCAUCACUUUUACUUCACCUUCUUUCAAUCCACUGACUCUUUCAAAGCAGCACCUAAACCUCAGAACCAGCAACUCCAAGCAUUUUGUUGUUUCAUACAGGUAUUUCACUAAAGAAGAGGAAGAUGAAGAUGAAGAUGAGCACAACUUUGAUGAAGCAGUGACUCUCUUUAAUGGUGGAGAGUACUACAAAUGUCAUGACUACCUUGAAUCCCUUUGGCACAAUGCUGAAGAUCCCUCAAGAACAUUAAUUCAUGGAAUAUUGCAAUGUGCUGUUGGGUUUCAUCAUCUAUUCAAUCAGAAUCACAAAGGAGCUAUGAUGGAGCUGGGAGAGGGACUAUGUAAACUGCGAAAGAUGGAAUUCUCUAAUGGACCGUUUCUUAUGUUUGAGAAAGAUAUCUCAGAAGUUUUGGAAUUUAUCUACAAGACACAGAUAGAGUUAGCUGCAUGUAGCGAUGAUAUUUGUGUUGCAAUGGAUCAAUCAGAAAGAUCCUACCAACUUAUGGGAGAAUACGCUGCAGGGAAGCGUGUAUAUGAUCUAGAACUCGGUCGUGAUGCAUCGGUGUAUAUUGUGUUAUGCCUUCAAGGGUCUAAUGGUGCCACUGAAACCCCAAGGGUAAAGCUUCCCAGGCUUAAUGCUACCUCAGAACAUCUUAUAGCCUAUGAAUACAAGUAAAUACCAAAUUUUAUUUUUAAAUUCGAAAACUACUUGCUGUAUAAAUCUUUUAGGAUUACAUGCUGGGAAGAGUCUUCUUGAGCAAGUAAAAAAAACAUUUAAAUUUAAGACCAAACUACAUAAAUACAAGCAAUUACAUUGGUUAUCAA